GCUGGAGGCGGAGAAGAAACUCUGUUGGAUCUACAAAGUAAACGCGGGUGUUAGAAGAAGAAGCCUCAAAUCUAGGUUGAAACCAGUUCCGAGGAGCGCAGCCAUUGGUGACCGGCAGCUAUGAUUUCCAUUCCGCCUUUUCUCUCCGUCCCGGUCCAGAACUCCACUGUGACUCGCCGGACUUAACUCAGCACAAGACAAGUCGGAGUGUGGUAAGACUCACUGUUCUAUCCGACAUCUAUUCACAAUCCCAAGGAUUUUGGAGUUUCACCUGUUGAUGAAGACCCGGCGGCUCGGUGGGACCAACAGGAGCCGAGCAGAGAGACGAGAAGUCGGGGAGGGUGCAGAGCUCACGCCGCUCCACUGACUCGGAGGAGCGACGGACCACGGUCUCCCCUUCCUGCCCAACAGACACAGCCUGUGCUGGGGUGAACCAAUAUGGGCUUCUCGGUGUGUGGACUUACCCUGUCUCUGGUGCUCACCUGCCAGCUGCUCUCGGUGACUCAGGCGUCUAAGGUGUGGGGAGAGGUCCCGCUGCCCGAGGACCUGGAGGCGGAGAAGGAGGUGCGAGUGGCCAGGAGUUUGUUGGAUGACGAUGAGGACUUUGCAGCUGACGAAGCGUCUGGAGAUCUUCCCAGUGGAGCUGAAGAUGGCAGCACACCGUGGCCUCCGGUCUCCGAGAGCACCAUCUAUUACAGAGCUCUGGUCAACUUCACCGACUCCCUGGUCUACACCCCGGACCUGGAGGACAUCUUCUCUCCAGCCUUCAUCGAGCUCUCCGAAGCUGUCGUGGACACGCUGGAGUCAGAGUACAACCGGAUUCAAGGCGCCCAGACCGUCAGUGUGGUCCUCAUCAAGAAAAUGGUUCGAGAUGGUGGUGUAGACAUUUUUGUGGAGCUGGACGUCGGCACAGACUACAACAACGAUGAGCAGAUCCGCAGCGUGCUCUACAACGUGGUGAAAGAGGGCGCCAUCGCCUCCUACAUCACAUCAGUGCAGGGCUUUCAGUUCAGGCGCCUGGGAGAAGCUCAGACUCCGCCUCUUGGGGAGCCCUUAGCAGUGCCAGUGACCUCUGGGAUCAGACCCUGCAUGCCGGACGAGCACAGGUGCGGAGACGGAUCCUGCAUCCUGAUGGAGUACCUGUGCGACAACCGACCCGAUUGCAGAGACAUGAGCGAUGAAAUCAAUUGUGGAUCACUGGUGCCACCCAUCGUCGUCAUCACCCCCGCCCCUGCGGUCACCACCCCUAAGAAAUCCCCUCGGCCCCCGAGUGUACCUGGCCCCUGCAGAGUGGACCAGGCCACGUGUCAGAGUGGCGAGUGCAUCCCGCGAGACUACAUCUGCGACGGAGAGAGAGACUGCUCUGACGGGAGCGACGAGUUCAGAUGUGGAACACCAUCACCCUGCGAACCGAAUGAGUUCAAGUGCAAGAACGGCCGCUGCGCCCUCAAGCUGUGGCGAUGCGAUGGCGACAAUGACUGCGAGGAUAAUUCAGAUGAAACAGACUGUCCUACCAAGGGACCUGAUGACCGCUGUGCUCCAGAGCAGUUUGAAUGUCUGAGCGAUCGCACUUGCAUCCCGGCCAGCUACCAGUGUGAUGAGGAGCCAGAUUGUCCAGACCGCUCGGACGAAUACGGCUGCACUCCGCCGUCUGUGACCAGCCCACCUGAGGAGUCUGUGCAGGCGGCUCGUGGGUCCACAGUGACCUUCACUUGCCAAGCGGUUGGUGUUCCUACUCCUAUCAUUAGCUGGAGACUUAACUGGGGCCACAUUCCUGUCAGUGGCAGAAUCUCCAUGACCAGUGAGAACGGCCGAGGCACGCUGACCAUCCGUGACGUGAAGGAGGCGGAUCAGGGGGCGUACACUUGUGAGGCCAUCAACGCUAAAGGUCUGGUGUUUGGUGUCCCUGAUGGAGUCCUGACCCUCACAACCGGUCCAAAUCCAGGCAAUUGUCCUGAUGGUCACUUCAGUGUGGAGGGCCGCUGCAUAUCCUGCUUCUGUGCUGGAAUAACCAAAGUCUGCAAAGCCACCGGACGUUACCGCAACCGGAUCACCUUGCGCUUCACACAUGAGGACGACUUCAGAGGAGUGAACGUCUCGUACCCGUCCAGGCCGGGCGAUCCACCUCUCUCCACCACCCAGUACAUGAUCAACACUGACAUGGAGGAGUUCCAGCUGGUUGAUUUGUCCAGGCGAUUCCUCAAUCUGGACUCUUUCUGGACGUUGCCACGACAGUUUCUGGGCAAUAAGAUCGAUUCAUACGGAGGAACUCUGUCAUUCAAAGUGCGGUACACGCUGGCCCGCGACCAGCGGCCUGACCCAGUGGAGAGACCUGACGUGAUCAUUGUGGGAAACGGACGGAGGCUCAUUUCUAAACGAGGCAGCGGAACCACAGCGAGGCAGGUCAAUCUGAAGGAGGUCAAAUUCACUGAAGAUAACUGGCAGCACUCCAACGGCCGUCCGGUGAGCCGAGAGGAACUGUUGAUGACCCUGGCUAACCUGGACAGCAUCAGCAUUCGCACCAUCUAUGACAACCACAUGGUGAGCGUGGCUCUCAGUGACAUCAUCAUGGAGACCACGACCGUCGAGUUCAGCACUCUGGGUCAUGCCAAGAAUGUGGAGGAGUGCAGGUGCCCCCCCGGAUACUCAGGUCUGUCCUGUGAAGUCUGCUCUGCCGGUUUUGAUCGGGUUCCUGGUGGAUCCUAUCUGGGGACGUGUGCUGGCUGCAACUGCAACGGUCAUGCCAGCGCCUGCGACCCUAUCAGUGGUCACUGUCUGAGCUGCCAGCACAACACAGAAGGACCCCAGUGUGACAAAUGCCGCUCCGGGUACUUCGGAGACCCGAGUCAAGGUCGUCCCGAUGACUGCAAGCCCUGCCCCUGCCCUUACUACGAGACCACACGCCGCUUCUCUGACACCUGCUUCCUCGACAUCGACAGACAGCCCACAUGUGACGCCUGCAGACCUGGCUACACAGGCCGGCGCUGUGAAAAAUGUGCUCCUGGUUACCAUGGCAAUCCACUCCUGCCAAGUGGAAAAUGUGUUCCCAGUUUAUCUUCCAAGUGUGACGACAGAGGAAGCGUCAGCUCCAGCAGCCGACUUUGCAGCUGCAAGAACAACGUGGUUGGCGCUCAGUGUGACCAGUGUAAACCCGGUUUCUUCCAUCUGUCGGAGUCCAACCCGGACGGUUGCCUGCAGUGUUUCUGCAUGGGUGUCACCAAACAGUGUUCCAGCUCCGUUUGGAACCGAGACCAGGUGCGUGGUGGAGUGAACGGUCAGCUCUUCAAGCUCUCCAAUAGUGCCAACACGAAGACCAUCGAGGACGGCAUCACCCAGAGGGGCUUGUCUGAAGUUGUGUACCGUUCCUUCUCCAGUCUGCCCAGAGACACCUACUACUGGGUGCUGCCGGACAGCUUCAGAGGAGACAAGGUGACAGCUUAUGGUGGCGAGCUUCGAUACACGGUGCGCUUUGAGCCUCUCCAGCGGUCCCUGGUGAUUGACGGUCGUCCAGACGUGGUUCUGCAAGGAAACGGAAUCUUCCUAGAGCACUACUCUCAGACCAAACCCCUAGCCCGGGUCCAUCAGCCUGUCACUGUCCUCUUCAGAGAGUCGGCAUGGCGUCGAGCUGACGGCCAGCUGUGCACACGUGAGCACCUCCUGAUGGCGCUGGCCGACGUGACGCUCUUCAUGAUCCGGGCCUCAUAUGUGGAUUACAUGGCUGAGAGCAGCAUUUCAGACAUCAAGAUGGACAUUGCUGUCCCACGCUCCACUGGGAAUGAGCGAGCCGUGGAGGUGGAGGAGUGCGCUUGCCCUCAGGGCUACAAAGGACCCUCAUGUCAGGAGUGUGACGAGGGCUUCACCAGGACCACCUCGGGUCUGUAUCUGGGCACGUGUGAGCGCUGCGACUGCCACGGACACGCCAGCAGCUGUGACCCCGACACCGGCAUGUGUCUGCAAUGUCUCCACAACACUGCCGGGCCGAGGUGCGACCGCUGCCAGCCGGGUUUCUAUGGGAACCCUGCCACUGGAGGCGCUCAGGCCUGCCAGCCUUGUCCUUGUCCUGGAACUAGCUCCAGCAGUCAAUUCUCCUCAACCUGCCGUCUGGACUCUGACGGUCAGCCCACCUGCGACAGCUGUCCCACUGGAUUCACGGGGCGCCGCUGUGAAAGAUGUGCUGCUGGAUACAGUGGAAACCCGCUGCUGGGACAGGCGUGUACGACUGGUAACACUGUCAAUGGGAACUGCUACAGCUGUGACCAGAGAGGAAGUGAAGGCUGUGACGGAGCGCAGUGUCGCUGCAAGAUGAACGUUCGAGGGCCUACCUGCUCCGAGUGCAACGCUGGAACCUUCCACCUCAGCGAGCACAACAAAGAUGGCUGCCUGUCCUGUUUCUGCAUGGGCGUCACACAGCAGUGCUCCAGUUCCACCUACUACAGAGACCUGGUGGCCUCAGCCUUCUCGCCUGGAAACUUCCAGGGAUUUGCCCUGGUCAACCGUCAGCGCACCAACCGCAUCACCACCGGCUUCACAGUGGAACUAUCCACAGAAGGAACUCAACUUUCCUACAGCAACUUUGACUACGUGGGACAGGAGCCGCACUACUGGCAGCUUCCACAGGUCUACCAGGGGGACAAGUUCUCUCUGGUCUACAAAGAUUUCAGCUCGCAGCAGGACGAUCUGCUCUUCUGGCAGCUGCCUGCUCCAUUCACUGGGGAGAAGGUGGGCUCAUACGGCGGAAAACUCAAGUACACUGUCUCCUACGUGGCUGGCCCGAGAGGAACUCUGCUGGAUGAUGCUGACGUUCAGAUCAUUGGUAAUGACAUCACUCUGGUGGCCAGUCAGCCCUGGCAGCGCCGCCAUCAGGGAGCCAGAGAGACCCAGCAGUUCCAGAUAGUUUUCAGAGAGGAGAACUGGCGGCGUCCUGACGGCAUGCCGGCAACGCGUGAGCACCUGAUGAUGGUGCUCGCUGAUCUGGACGACAUCCUGAUCCGAGCCUCGUACUCCACUGAGAUGCGUUCGUCCAGCAUCUCAGACAUCAGCAUGGAGGUGGCCGUGCCCAACUACAGUGGUUUGCCUCAGGCUCUGGAGGUGGAGCAGUGUCGCUGCCCACCUGGGUACCAGGGCCUGUCUUGCCAGGACUGUGCUGCAGGAUACACUCGCACCGGCACCGGGCUGUACCUGGGGCACUGCGAGCUCUGUGAAUGCAACGGCCACUCGGACUCCUGCCACCCGGAGUCUGGUAUCUGCACGAGCUGCCAGCACAACACGCAGGGUGAGUUGUGUGAGCAGUGUGCCCCUGGCUACUUUGGCGACCCCACUGUUGGUACCCCAGAAGACUGCCAGCCCUGCGCCUGCCCCCACACUGACCCAGAGAACAUGUUUUCUCCGACCUGUGAGAGUCUCGGGAACGGAGGGUACCAGUGCACUGCCUGCCAGCCCGGCUACACCGGCCAGUACUGUGAACGUUGUGCUCCAGGAUAUGUGGGCAACCCCCAGCAGAGGCAGAAGUGUCUGCCAUAUGAUGCUGCAGCCUCGUUGGUGGUGAAGGUUUAUCCAGCACAAGUUGUGACUGAUUUAGGUGGCUCUGUCACGCUACGCUGCCAGGUAUCUGGUUCUCCUCCACACUAUUUCCACUGGUCCAGACAGGAUGGACGGCCCAUCUCGGGCAGCGCUGACAGACGGAGACAAGGAGCAGAACUUUACUUGCCAAAAGUCCAGGCGAGCGACGCUGGCGUCUACAUCUGUACCUGCCGAGACCAGAGGAGCUCCAACACCAGCAGAGCAGAGAUCGUGGUCAGAGACCUUCCAUCUAGAGCCAUCGAGGUGACAGUUGAGGAACCAAAAGCACAGACAGUCCGAGUCGGCGCGACGAUUAGCUUUAUCUGCACAGCAAAGAGCAAAUCUCCAGCCUACACUCUGGUGUGGACGCGCAUGGGCAAUGGCAAGCUGCCCAACCGGGCCAUGGACUUCAACGGCAUCCUGACCAUCCGGAACGUCCAGCCGGAGGACGCGGGCGAAUACGUCUGCACCGGCUCCAACAUGUUCGCCAUGGAUGAGGGCCGGGCCGUGCUCUACGUGCCAGAGGGCUCACAGACUCAGAUGUUUUACACAGCCUAUGAAAUGUUUGAAGGACACCGAAAGCCUGCAGAGGGGGUCCAGCCAGUGGCCAGCAUCAACCCCACAGUUCUGACUGUCAGGCAGGGUCAGCGCGCUGAGUUCAGGUGCACUGCAACAGGAAACCCAACGCCGGCUCUGGAGUGGAUCGGUGGUCCUGGGAACCGGAUGAGUCCCCGAGCGUCGGUCAGAGGCGGGGUGUUGACCUUCACGGCGGUGGACCCGGCUGAUGAAGGAGACUACACCUGCAAGGCCCUGAACACACACGGAGAGCACACCGCGCGGGUUUCCCUCUUCGUACAAAAGUCCAACCCCAGUGGACUGGGCACCCAACCUCAGGUCCAAGUGAGUCCCCAAAACAUCGAAGUCCACGAGGGCGACACCAUCAGGCUGUACUGUCGUGCCACCGGAUCACCGACCCCGAAGCUGACGUGGCUGAAGAACGGAGGCCAGCUUCCUCCUCAGGCCAUUCCCUCUCAUGGUUUCCAUCAGUUUAAAAGCAACAGUCUCGAUGUGUUACACAGACGUAUUGAGGAUCUGCAGGCACGAAUGGACCGUACUGACAUUGGAACACUCCUGAUCCCCGACGUCAAGGCGUCGGACGCGGGCACCUACAUGUGUGUCGGCAGCAACAGCAUCGGGUCUAACAGUGCGCCGAUCAAAGUCACUGUGCACAAAGGAGAGCACAGCACCUCGGUGGUCACCAUCCAGCCGUCCAUCGCAGACGUCCAGGAGGGUCAGAGUCUGGAUCUCAACUGCCUUGUUCAUGGGAACCCUCCUCCUCCUGUGUCAUGGAUGAGAACAACCGGCCGUCUCUCCUCUAACCACCGGGUUCUGGGUAGUCGGCUGAGGAUCCUGUCGGCUACGAUGGAAGAUUCUGGAGAAUACAUCUGCACAGUUCGGGACAAUUCAGGAAACGCUCCGAUCCGCCAGGCCUCCGUCUCUGUGUCAGUCACCUCCUCGUCCUCACGUCUUCAGAGUCCCAUAAUCUCCAUCGAGCCACACAGCGCCUCAGUCAGAGUGGGAGAGUCGGCCAGUUUCAGGUGCAGAGUCUACAGUGGCGCACAGCCAGUGAGGCUGGAGUGGAAACUGGCCAACAACCAGCCCCUUCCAGACAAUGUUAAAGUGGGUCCUGAUGGUUCAGUGCUCACCGUGUCCAACGUCCAGUCCAUCAAUCACGGCGCAUACCGCUGUGUGGCCAGCAACCCCUUCGGCAUAACACACACCAUCGUGUCUCUGAUUGUUAAAGAGACACCUGUUGUGACUGUCACCCCUGUGGGCCCUCUGCGGGUCAGAGUGGGCGACCCCAUCAAUCUGGAGUGCCAGGCGUCAGGGGAACCCCGGCCUUCGGUGUCAUGGCACCGACUGGGCCGCAACCGUAAAGUGAUGCUGAGCAGCCCCGUGCCAGUGGAGUCCAACGCCAUCAUGCAGAUCCUGGCGGCCCGUCCAGAGGACAGCGGUACCUAUGUCUGCACAGCUCGCAACAAUGAGGGUUCCACCGAGACCAGGGUGGAGGUGAUCAUCGAAGCCUCCUCGCAGCUGCCCUCACCCCCCAGAGCUUCAGUCCCUGAGCCGGUGAUGGUGGUGGUUGACGGUCAGACGGUUACACUUCGCUGCCAGGCUCACGGUGUCCCGCCCCCAACCAUCAGCUGGUCUAAGCUGCGGUCCCCUUUGCCCUGGAGACACAAGGUGGUGGACAACAACCUGGUGCUGCCCACUGUGGGCCGACAGGACUCUGGAGAAUACAUCUGUAGUGCCACCAACCACCUGGGCACCAGUGAGGUCACCAUCGUGCUGGAUGUGGAGACUCCACCGUACGCAACCUCAGUGCCUGAUGACGUGGCAGUGCGUGUCGGGGAGGUCAUUCGACUGCAGUGCCUUGCUCAUGGGACCCCUCCUCUGACUUACACCUGGUCCAGACUGGAGGGAGGUCUGCCAGCAAGAGCUCAGGUCAGUGGCGGUGAUCUCCAGAUCAACCUGGCCACUGCAGAAGACGCCGGGAACUACAAGUGUGUGGCCAGCAACAAAGUGGGCAACAGUGAGGUGGUCGCCAAAGUCACCGUCAGAUCGCCUCUGGCGGUGCGUGUGUCCCCUCAGGUGGAGGUGAAGGCUCAGGGCAGCGCCGUGGAGUUCACGUGUUCAGCAGCCGGAGGGAUCGAGACCAAAAUUGAGUGGCUGAAAGAAGGAGGCGCUCUGCCUCCCAACCACCACGUGAAGGACGGAGUGCUGCGGAUUGAGAAUCUCGAGCAGAGCAACGAGGGUGUUUACAUCUGCAGAGCCAGCAGUGUGUACGGCCAAGCCCAAGAUUCUGCUCGUCUCACCAUCCAAGCUCUGCCGAAGGUGAUGAUCAACGUCCGCACCUCCGUUCAGACGGUGAUGAUUGGGAACUCGGUGGAGUUUGAGUGUCAGGCUGUGGGUGAUCCUGAGCCCACGGUACACUGGAGCAAAGUGGGCGGGCCCCUGCCAGCCCACAUCAUGGUCAAGGACGGCAUGCUGAGGAUCGAUCAGGUGACGGAGGCCGACACCGGUCACUACCGCUGCACUGCCACCAACGACGUGGGCUCUGUGCAGUCGCAGGUCGUCCUCCACGUCCAGUCUCUUCCUCAGAUAGCUGCACUGCCAGAGACCAAGGAGGUGACGGUGGGAUCUGAUGCAGUGCUGCCCUGCGUGGCCUCGGGCUAUCCUGCUCCUGAGAUCAAAUGGACCAAGCUGGAUACAGAACUUCCUCCCAAGUGUUUCCAGGAGAAGAACGUGCUGACGGUUCCCAGAGUCACACACGAAGACUCCGGAACGUACGUGUGCACCGCCUCCAACAAACAAGGGAAAGUGGAGUCUUUCACCAAACUGGAAGUUCACGAGCGAGUGAUGCCCUACUUUGCCCAGGAGCCACUCUCCUACCUGACGCUGCCCACCAUCAAAAACGCCUACAAGACCUUCAGCAUCAAGAUCAACUUCAGACCCGACAACGUGGACGGUCUCAUAUUGUACGCUGGUAUGAUCCUGUACAACGGCCAGAGGAGGAGCACCGGAGCCGACUUCAUCUCUCUGGGCCUGGUGGGCGGACGUUUGGAGUUCAGGUUCGAUGUGGGCUCCGGUAUGGCUACCAUCCGAGACCCCACCCCCAUCAAGCUGGGCGAGUUCCACACCGUGGAGCUGCACCGGAACCACACGCUGGGCUACAUCAUUGUGGACGGUGGCCAGUCAAUUAACGGGAGCUCGCAGGGAAAAUUCCAGGGUCUGGACCUGAAUGAGGAGCUUCAUGUCGGCGGGUACCCCAACUACACCCUGCUAGCCAAGACUGCCGGCAUCAAGACGGGUUUUGUUGGCUGCAUCCGUCAGCUGGUCGUCCAGGGCGAGGAGGUCAUCUUCAAAGAUCUGCAGCGCAGCUCCACCGGGGUCUCCAACUGUCCCACCUGCAAGGACCAGCCGUGCCAGAACGGCGGCAGGUGCGAGGACUCGGACGCCAGCCUGUACAAGUGCAGCUGCCCCAAAGGUUUCACCGGGAGCAACUGUCAGCACCACUCCUCGCUGCACUGCCACUCAGACGCCUGUGGACCUGACGCCACCUGCAUCAGCCGACCCUCAGGUCUGGGCUACAGCUGCCGCUGCCAUCUGGGGAAGUCUGGCCACAAAUGUAUGGAUGGUGAGCUGGUGACCACGCCAAUGUUCGAUGGCGAGGAGUCUUACAUCGCUUACCCUCCGCUCACCAAUGUGCAUGACGACCUGCGGGUGGAGCUGGAGUUUAAACCCAUGGAAAGAGACGGACUGAUGUUUUUCUGUGGCGGGAAGAAGAUAAAGGUGGAGGACUUUGUGGCCAUCUCCAUGGUGGCGGGUCAUGUGGAGUUCAGAUAUGAGCUGGGCACAGGUCAGGCAGUCAUCCUCAGUCCAGAGCCUGUCUCUCUGGGUCAGUGGCACAGAGUCGUCGCCGAGCGGAACAAGAAGUCGGGACAUCUGAGAGUCGAUCAUGGCCCUGUGGAGAGGAGGUCCUCUCCGGGUAAAGCUCAGGGUCUCAACAUCCACACCCCCAUGUUCCUGGGCGGCGUCCCUGAUUUGGAGCUGCUGCCCAAACCAGCCAACGUCAGCGAGAUGUUUGAGGGUUGCAUCGGAGAAGUCCUCAUCAACAACAAGAAGGUGGAUCUAUCCUACAGCUUCACGGAGAGCCGGAGCAUCAGCAAGUGUGUCCACAAUAGUCCCUGCGACCUUCGACCCUGUCUGAACGGAGGACGCUGUAUGUCCAACGCCGAGUAUGAGUACCAGUGUCUGUGUCGGGAUGGAUUUGUCGGGCAGCGCUGCGAGCACCUGAUAGACGGGUGCGACCGCGACAGCGAGUGUCAGAACCGAGGCAGCUGUGUGAACGGAGUGUGUGUGUGUGCAGUUGGAUUCACCGGAGUCCACUGUGAGGAAGGCCAGUUCCCCCGCUCCUACGAGGUCCUGCAGCGUUUGGAAUCUAGCGAGGCUAAUGACUCGCCCUAUCAGUACGCCGUGAGUUUCCACAGCGACGGUUACAUCGCUCUUCCCAAAGCCGUCUUCCCCAGAAGCGCCCCCGACUCACCAGAGACCAUCCAGCUGGAGAUCAGGACCACUUCAGCGGAGGGCCUGAUUCUGUGGCAGGGGGUGGAGACCACUGGCGCUCGCCAUUUACGCAAGGUGCAUGCUAACAGAAAGGAACUGGGCGAACAUGGAAGAGGCAAAGACUUCAUCAGCCUGGGCCUGAGCGACGGUCACCUGGUCUUCAGUUACCAGCUGGGCAGCGGCGAGGCAGAGAUCCGCUCCACCAGAAACAUCAACGACGGGAAGUGGCAUAAAGUGACGGCUGUCAGGACCGGAAAAGAUGGAUACCUUCAGAUCGACGGAGGAGCCGAGCUGCACGGGCAGUCGAGGGGCAAGAGCUUGAUGGUCAACACCAAAGGAAGUUUAUACCUCGGUGGCGCUCCAGACAUGCCCGCCAUGACCGGAGGAAAGUUCUCCACAGGAAUGAGGGGGUGCGUGAGGAACCUGCUGCUGGCCAACGCCAGGCCGGGGCAGCAGCUGGCGCCCGUGGUGGACCUGCAGUCGCAGGCCUCUCACGGCGUCAACGUGCAGCAGUGCGCCUCGUAGAGACUCUCUCUCACAGAGACUGCCAAGUGAUGUCACAGCUACACUCUCACACGGAGCCCGACUCCACCCUGGUGCUGCCAAACCUCCGUGUGACCAAAACCAAAAACCAUUCUAACAGCGACGUGUCGGACUAUUAACACAGAUCCAGUUUACAUUCUUCCAGCAGUAGUUUUAGCCGCCAGACCUAUUUUUGAGUCAAAUUUGAUGGAGAUGUUUUUACAGCACUGAAUUUUUAUUUAUAUACAUAUGGAUAUAUAGAUAUAUAUAUAUUAUAUUUGUGGGGGAAACAUGCAGACUAACCAUCACUCUUCUCUCCUGGGGGUUCUUUGUUCCAACACUGUGUCCACACGUUGUCGCCGCUCCUCUGUGCGCGAGCAUGCUUCUUGUCUUUCCACAUCUUUGGGACGUCACACGCAGCUUCCACACACAACUCAGGUCCACCACAUGACAUCACUUCUGUCAUGGUGCCGCUCCCUGCAGGACUUCACCGCGAGUCCUCUGACAGUGUAGGAGUCUUUGCAUCCCAAUUGUUGGGGUUUCUAAUACUAGCAUCUGUGGUUUUUCUCCACUCGGUCACAAGUGUGUUGAGACGCUGCAACAUGUGACUUCAGGAGGACAGGUGAAGUCCUGCAGGGGCUGUAGAUGGUGUGCUUUCUCGUACUGAAGAAAACAUGGUGCUAUCUUUCAACAGCCAAGCAGCUGAGAUGCGUUUUGACCUGGUGUAGCUCUGUUUUGCAAUGACUAGAACUAGCUCCUCUCAGCCUUCUACUGGAGGGUUUGUUACCCCCUGGUGGCUGGUCGCACUAAUACUCCACACCGCUCUUUCGGGAGGAUGAGCGAUUUGGAAGUAGCUUUUAGUUGGAAUGAGUUCAUGAAAGUAAGAGUGUUAUAGUUUACGAUCACUUAGCUGUUCAGUUCCGGUGGGAGCAUGUGAAGCAGGAGAAAUGAUGCCAGACAGGACAGCAUUUCUGACAUGUGGUGACUCCGAGCGAGAGAAACCAAAGUUGUUUUUUAAUGGACUCCCUCUUUGGCCAGGUGCAGGUUGUGGGUUGCCAGGUCCAGCUGACUGCCUUAUUGUGGCCGUGUGACCCAUGUGACUGGUCCUCUGUCAUGAAGCAUGCUCAGCCACACCCGACUCUUCUACUCUUCACCGCGUGUGUUCUGUCACCAUCCUGAAAAACCGUGUCCCUGCAGAGCCGUGUGGGCUGUCACUGAAAGUUGAACAGAUGUUAGCUGUUGACACAACCGAUGACUGACAAGCAGCGAGCUGCUGGUGAGUGUUGUGCCUCCAGCCACUCAGUGAAGACAAAUGCAGCCCAGCAGCAGGCAGGCGUCACCAACCACAGCAGACUUGACGCUUCUGUUUUGGCAGCAGACAUCAGGGCGGCAGGUGACUGAGCAGGUCACACGUGUCUCCUGCUGGUGCUUCAGAGUUUGGUCCGUCACCUGUCCGAUCUCUGACAGUGGCAGGCGCCGCAGAGUUGGCCCCUGGAACCGCUGUACUAAUCACUUUGAUGAAGAGUCCCUUCACUUUUAUUUAUUUCUUUUUAGAGAUUAAUUCUGCUGUUUUAGAGCGAUCACUGAAGCUUGCCUCUGUUCUCCCCCCACCCCCCUGUGUUUGCCCUGGUUGUGCUUAUGUUGGAGCCUCUUAAGAGUCUUCAGCCAGAUGGAUGCUCCAAGUGACUCCAGAUCUGAGAGGCAACGUCAGCUGUGUGUUUAAGGUGCACUUUUAGUCAGUUACGUUUUCUAUUGUGUUCAACUCUUGAUCCACAGAAACAAAACAUUGUUGAAGUUGCACCUCGGUUCCCUGCGCCAGAGCAACUCGCCCCGCGGCCCGACUUUUCUUAAAUAAAAUGAA